CACACAUACAAUUAUAGGUACGUACACACACUGACACUCACGUACACUCACACACAUAUAUAUAUAUAUAUAUAUAAAUAUAGACAAACCAGAUUAGCCAAUAUUUUUACUAGAAAAUCUCUGCCUUGUCAAUUAAGUGUAAAUGUGACAACAGUAUCUUGACCUUUAUCGUCUCCCUGGCAAACAUUUUAUUUAUAAUUUAAAUUACUAUCUAUAUUGUUAUUUUCAAAUUUACUUCCGUCCUAUUAAGUAAUCGAACGUGUGCAUUCAGGAAGACGAAGGAGUAUACACAAGACAGACAUUUACAUAUAUGUAAAUUUCGUUGAACGCAAACUCACACAUGUAUAUAUAAAAAGCUAGCUAUACUAUAUCUAUAGUACGUACAUAAGGCUCUCACACGUAUAGAAGGGGACAUGUGUACAUAAGGGCAGAACUUAGCUCGUUAUGUUAAACUCUGCAUCUUUUCCACAAGUGUCCCCCCACUUGUGCCAAGUGUUUAUACUGUUGCUGUGGUCCCUGAUCUGCCAGGCAAAUGGCCAGAAUUUGGAAGACAGAGCAGUAUUGAGUGCAUAUGGAGAGGAGAACCCAUCUGAGAGGGUACAUUUCUGUAUCCCAUACAACCAUGAGUUUCAUGUGCUACCAGAAAGCCAGUCGGCAGCUAAGUUCUACCGUCUGGUCGACUUUAGUUCAGCCACCGGGUGCUCCGAAGAUGCAUACGCUGGUGCCAACCUAAGUCAGACUGUGGUCACAGUGAUGCGUGGUGAUUGCAGCUUCUCUGUGAAAGCAUCUAUCGUUGCCAAACUUGGUGCUGUUGCCAUUAUAAACAUUUCACCAAGUAACGAAAGUCUGAUUAUCCCUGGGGGUAAUAAAACUGACUACAUGAACAUCAACAUCACUGUGGCUCUAAUGAGAGAUAUUGAAUUUGCCACUAUUAAAUAUCUUGGUGACGAUAUUAAAUGCCAGCUGUAUUCUCCGCAACCAACACUGUUUGGACUCACGGAAGCUGUCAUCUUUCUUCUGGCUCUCAUCAGCAUUGUCAUUGGAAGUUACUGGUCUGGUGUCCUCUUCUACGAAGAAACCAAUUUGAAAAAAAUUAAUGAAGAUGUUUCUGAAUCGCCUCCCACACGGAAUGAAGUCACUGCUGAAGGGCACAAACCUUUGGAGUCAGAAAAUUCCGAUGAUGCUGAUAAAGAAAGGAAAAUGAAGGCUUCCCAAAAACUACUUUCCAUCUCUGUACCAGUCGUUAUAUUUCUCAUUAUCGUCAUGAGUACCUUUCUGCUUGGCCUCUACUUCUUCUACAACUACCUAGUCUAUGUUGUGAUUGUUAUAUUCAUGGUUGCCGCUUCCAUUGCAUUCUACUCAUGUUUUAAACCUUUCUGGAACUAUAUAAUUCCAGGAAAACAACGAUUAAAGUUUAAUAUAUGUUCCUGUUGUAAAGCAGAUAUUAUGUAUAAAGAAAUUGUGUUACUGAUGUUGGGUUUUGCAGCUGGUAUCACAUGGCUAGUCCUCAGACAUAAACCAUAUUCCUGGAUCUUGCAAGAUAUUCUAGGAGUGUUGUUUUGUAUCAAUGUCUUGAAAAACCUUCGAAUUCCCAGCUUAAAGAAUGGUGAAAGUGUAAUGGUGGACGUAGCAACAGGCAAAAGUGGCCAUAAUUCAGAAUCAGAUGCCAGUAACAGUAUGCCUCGGUCCUUAAAUGUACCAGACAAUAAAAAAGAUGUAAGCUCAACUAGGGAAGUUCUCCCUCUAGUUUUCCGAGUGCCUCCUUUGUUUCCGUCUCAUCCCUCAGUGUGUUUUGUACAGGAGUCGCUUCUGGGCUUUGGCGACGUCAUAUUACCAGGUGUACUGGUUGUCUACAGUCAUAUUUUUGAUAUCUACGUCCGAGCAAAGAAACUCUAUCUCAUUAUUUCUAUUUGUGGUUAUUUACUUGGAUUGCUUCUUGCCUUUGUUGCUUUAACUCUAAUGCAAGCUGGCCAGCCAGCGUUGUUGUACCUUGUACCUACUGUGCUCUUGUCAGCUAUCAUUCCAUCUUGUUGCCGAGGAGAAUUUAGAGAAAUGUGGACUGGAGAUUUUUUGAAUUUUCUAAAAGCCUCACCUCCAGCUGAUGAUAGAUCUCUCUCCCAGGAGACCCUCCCAGAUGACGUUGAAACACCACCCAUUUCUUCAAAGACUGACCAGUCUAAAAGAAAUGAAAACGACCACCUACUAAAUUAGUUGCCUAAUGAAUAUUGGGAUGCAAGAAAAUCGCUGACUUUUACGCCAUCUUUCUGGCAUUACAUUAUGCCAGGCCUUUUGGUUUGUGAAUAUCCGUGUUUCUCCCUGUGUGUCUGUGUGUCUGUGUGUGUGUGCAUGUAUGUAUUUCGUGUGUACACCUAUGUGUGUUUUUGGUGGUUGGGGUUAGAUUUACAAUUUGAAAUAAGAGUAAAUGUAUAUAAUACAUAAAGUUUGUAUGUGUAUAUAUAUAUAUAUAUAUAUAUAUAUAUUAUAUAUAUAUAUAUAUAUAAUAUAUGACAGGAAUUGUAACAAAUGUUCCAUUCCAUCUUAGCAAAGUUUGACUGCCAAAGUAAAAGAUAAACCAACUGAGGAGUAGGCUCAGAACGGCAGAGUUGAUAUCAUAUCAGGCUACAGAAUCUCAGGUAUUAAGUUAACCUUUUUGCUAAAUAUUUUAGGCAGGAGGCCCUUUAUUCUGCCUUGUUUGAGUUCUGUUGCUUCUUGGAAGAAGAGGUACCAGAAUCACGAGAAUGUUACCUUUAUUAUAAACUAGCAUUCUAUCCAGGAACAGAUUUGACUCUCAUUUGCCGAGUGCCAUGAGACUAAAGCUGAGCACUGGCUGAACCUGCGAGACCCUUACAUGUUCUACUGGUAUCCAUAGCUCAUUGCAUUGUGUCUUGACAUAUUAGCUUCACAUAUCUCACUCCUCUCCAAGAUAUCCCUUAUGAUAAGGUAAGCUUUUAGGUGGUCGUUAAGUGGAGCUACUGUGAGGGAAAUAUCUGAGUGUGUCUGAGGGGCUCAAUACAAGACAUCAGAGUUCUCUAUCUCAUGACAACUAAAUUUAUUACCAUCUACAAACUCUCUUCAGAUUCUUUUACUACUGUUGUCAGUGCUGCCGUUUGACCAUUUUCCUCGGAUUCCAGAUUUUAUCCUUAUCUCCGUGUUAAAAUUCUACUAAUAAAUUAUUACUUUCUAUGGUACCUUUUACUAGCUCAGUGGACACCAGAUCAUUUGCGACUUGACCACAGACACAACACAAUGCCUGUUGUGCAGGUUAUAAACCAUCAACUGUUCAGAUAACAGUUUGACAUCAUAUCAGCUGAAACCAGCAAAAUAACUUACCUGUAUUUGGUAAAAUUUCUUUGCAUUCUCUCUGAAUCCUGUUUUGUUUAACGUUCCCUUUUCCUCCUCUAAGGGUUGAUAAAAUAAUCAUUAUUCAUUUCGGCUUCAUUAAAUAUACUAUGCCUCUCUUCCCACCAGGGUCACCUUUCCCUUUCAUCUUUUGGGGUUGGUAACAUAAGUGCCAGCUGAGCAUUGGGGUCAGUGUGAUUGACUAAACCCCACUUCUAAAAAUUUGGGGUCAUGUGCCUAUUGUAGAAAGGAUUGUUAUUACUACUAUUUAAAGCAGCAAGCUGGCAGAAUAGUUAGCACACUGGACAAAAUGCUCAGCAGCAUUUUAUCCAUCUUUACAUUCUGAGUUCAAAUUCUGCCAAGGUUGACUUUGCCUUUCGUCCUUUUGGAAAAUAAGUACCAGUUGAGUACUGGGGUUGAUGUAAUUGCCUAGCCCACUCCCUCAGAAUUCCAGGCCUUGUGCUUUUAGUAAAAAGGAUUAAGGAUUAUUAUUAAGGUGGUGGACUGGCAGAAUCAUGAAAGCAUUAGACAAAAUGCCAUGUCGGUAUUAAUAUUUGUUCCAGUUCCUCAUGGUCUGAAUUCAAAUUCUUCAGAGGGAGACUUUGCCUUUCAUCCUUUUGGGGUUAAUGGAAUAAAAUAUCAGUCAGAUACUGGGAUCAAUGGCAUUGACAUAUCCCCUACUCUGAAAAAUUGCAUGUAAGUUAGAAACCAUUAUUAUUUCAUCAAAAUGGUGAUUAGAAUUGUUGGUGUUAACGAUCCUUUAUAAUCCAAGUUCAAAUGCCACUAAACUCAACUUAGCAUUUUAUUCUUUGGGGAUCUGCGUAAUCAACUAACCCCAACCUCAAAAGUAUUGAUCUUCUGCCUAAAUUCGAAAUUAUUAGAUAUCCUGGGUUGGCAGAAUCAUUAGAGCAUUAGUAAAAAUACUUUGCAAUAUUUAUUCAGUCUUUAUAUAAGUACCAUUUGGGCAUUGAUGGGUCAAAUAUAAUCAACUAACCCUGCCAAAAUUUCAGGCCUUGUGCCUAUAGUAGAAAGACUAUUAUUGUAACUGAAUGAAGUGGUAAUUUUGCAUAUAAAUGUCAACUUAUGACAGGUGUGCACCAAGCUCACUGGCACCAUUUCCUGUCUUAUAUUAUGUCAUUUUAGAUUAUUAAUAUUAUAGAAAGUGGUGAUUGGCAGAGCACCGAACAAACUACUUUGCGGUAUUUAAAUUCGUCCCUUUUUUACAUCCUUAGUUCAAAUCCCACCAGAAUCAACCUUGCCUUUCAUACUAACAGGUUGGAGAGGUCAAUAAAAUAAAAACACCAGUCAAGUGCAAAAGGGCAAUACAGUUGCUGGCCUUGUGUGUGUAUGUUAGAAAUUUUAAUUAUUGUUGUUGUUGUUUUUUGCUGUUGUUUACAAACUCUGAGUGCCAUUUUGUUUUUAUUUUAAAGAUGGAGGAAUCUUUAGAAAACCAUUUUACAAGUCAAUUCUACCCACUUUUUCUUUUAGUUUUCCCUAAUUUAAAUUUAAUAUCAGUCCUCUAAAAUUUAGUCAAUUCUACCCACUUUUUCUUUUACUUUUUCCCUAAUUUAAAUUUAAUAUCAGUCCUCUAAAAUUUUUAAAAUGCUACAUUUUACUAAAUCGGGCUUUUAUAUCUCAUCUGAGGAUGGGCUAUUAUUAGUGUGAUUAUUAUAAUUAUUAUUGUUAUUACUACUUAGGCAGUGAGCUAGCAGAAUCGUUAGCACACCAGGCAAAAUGCUUAGUAGUAUUUUGUCUGUCUUUAUGUUCUAGUUCAAAUUCUGCUAAGGUCAACUUCCUGUCAGGGUCGAUAAAAUAAGUACCAGCUGAACAGUGGGGCAAUGUAAUCGACUAGACCCCUUCCCCCAAAAUUACUAGCCUUGUGCCAAAAUUUGAAACCAUUAUUAUUACUACUACUACUACCGUUAUUUUGGCAACAAGAAGAAUGGUUUCCAUUGUAACUCUUGAGUUUUUUUUGGGGUUUUUUUUUUACUCUCAUAACCUGGUUUACAAUAUAUCAAAGAAUAUUGAAACUUGUUUUACUCCUGCAUGUAUUUUAAAAAUAUUUCGUUAUCAUAUAAAUGAAAUUUAAUAAACUGUACAAACAGAAAAUCCUAAUUCGUCUGUAUAACAAAGACUUAUUAAAAAUGUUUAAUCAAAUUGAAGAAAACAAA